UCGUUAUCAUCGGCCGACGCGAGAAAAAACCCUAGCCACCAAAUCAUUACCACUCUCUCUUCCUCCUCAAAGAAUCGAUGGCUAAAAAACGAAAGCACGACGCCAAAUCCACCGAGCCAGCGGAAGAGCCGCCGAAGAAGCAGCAACAACAAGAACCGCCAAAAGAAGAGCUCCAAGAAGAGCAAAACGAAGAAGAAGUAGAAGAAGUUGAAGAGGAGGAAGAAGAAGAAUACGAAGAAGUCGAAGAGGAAGAAGAAAACGAAGAUGAAGCUGAUGAAGAAAACAAUCAAAACGCUCAGAUCUCAGCUGGGGAGAUUCAAAACGACGACGAAGAUGAAGAUGAGGAGCCGGUUGAGAAACUUCUUGAACCGUUUGGAAAAGACCAGCUGAUUAAUUUACUUCGGGAAGCAGCGGAUGCUCACCGGGACGUUGCGGAGAAAAUCCGGCAAGUGGCUGACCAAGAUCCAGUUCAUCGGAAGAUUUUUGUUCAUGGGCUUGGAUGGGAUACGAACGCUGAGGCUUUGAUGAGUGCGUUUAAGCCUUAUGGAGAGAUUGAGGAUUGUAAAGCUGUGUGCGAUAAGGUUUCGGGGAAAUCAAAGGGGUAUGGGUUUAUUUUGUUUAAGAGAAGGAGUGGGGCACGGAAGGCGCUGAAGGAACCGCAGAAGAAGAUAGGGAAUAGGAUGACAGCUUGUCAAUUGGCGUCUAUUGGUCCGGUUCCACAGUCGAGUGGUGGCCAGGCUGGGCCUGUUGCUGCGGCAGCGCAAGCGCAGCAGCCAGUUUCGGAGUAUACGCUGAGGAAGAUUUAUGUGAGUAACGUGGCGGCAGAUUUGGAUCCGCAGAAGUUGUAUAGUUACUUUUCGGAGUUUGGAGAGAUCGAGGAAGGACCCUUAGGGCUUGAUAAGGCGACUGGGAAGCCGAAAGGGUUUUGUUUGUUUGUUUAUAAGAGUUCUGAGGGUGCUAAGAAAGCGUUGGAAGAGCCACAUAAGAGUUUUGAAGGACAUAUGUUGCAUUGUCAGAAGGCUAUAGAUGGGCCGAAACCAGGGAAAGCUCAGAAACAACCGCAGCAACAUCAUAAUUUGCAAAGCUCGCAUUACCAGAGGAAUGAUGGUGGUGGUUAUGUUGGUGGUGGCAGUCGCGGUGGUCAUUUAAUGGCGCCGGCUGCUUCUGGAGCUGGGAUUGGGUUUAAUCAGGGUGCUGCUGGUCCUGCCCUGAACCCUGCACUUGGACAGGCACUGACCGCAUUGCUUGCAACUCAGGGUGCUGGAUUGGGGGGGCUGACUAAUUUGCUUGGGACUUUGGGGUCUGCUGCAGCUGUGAAUCAGGGUGGUUUAUCUGGUGCAGGUCAUGGAAUGCAGGGUGCCUAUGGGAACCAGGCGAGCAUAAGUCCGGGAGUGAUGGGAACUUAUGCGAAUCAGGGAGCUAUGCAGGGUGGAUAUCCAAACCAGCAGACGGGACAGGGUGGUUCUGGGAGAGGACAACAUGGGCAAUAUGCUCCUUAUAUGGGUCACUAGGUGCCCCUCAGAUCCCAAAUAGGUGCAUCAGUCUUUUAAGUACUGGCCUGCUGAUUCUUCUGAAGUUUAUGGAGCUUAUGCAAAUGAAGUCUUUAUAAAUAUGACCAAAAGUUACUCUUUGCUGCAAAGGCCAGAAUCUUAAAAUGUCAAAUGAUGUUUAUGUUUUCUCUACUUAUUUUCUCCAUUUCUUGCUCCUUUUCAUUUUUAAAAUAUGUAUUUUGAGAUUCAGUAUUUGGUUUAAAAGCUUUGGGUACAAUUUGACUAAUUUCAAGUUCUGUAUACUCUUUGGAGUCGAUGUUGUUGAACAAAAAUGUCUUUUGAAAUUUCUAUCAUUAGGAAUACAUGUUGCUUGAACUAUUUACUUUUCA